UAAGCCGCAUGCGCGUUUCAACACUUUGACACAAAUUUGGGCCUAGGCAUGUAGCAUGUGUGGCAUGGAAAAAUGAACGAAGUUCGUAGCUUGUUGAUUAAAAGGAAAUGGAUUUAUAAACAGAAGAAAGUUCAAGUAUGGCAGAAGUUGGUACUCAACGUUUGGUGAAAAUUGAGCCUCUUGAAGAUGGUCUGUCGGCAAAGAAAUCUCAGGUUAUUGAACAUGAAGUUCAAUCUCAGUCAACAGGGCAGUCAACAUUGCAAAGAACCGAUCAUGGUAUGGCACAUUCAUUUGCCAGUGGGAGAAUUGCUGAAGCUACAACAUCGAUUUCCCCUCCAGGAUACCCUUCAACUGCGUUCCAGCCCCAAUAUUUUACACCGACAAGGAGAAUGGAUUUCGUUCCCACAUUCUGCAAGACAUUUGAGUUGCCAGAAAGCCGUUCAUAUUCAGACGAAAAUAACACAGAAGACUUCGAUGAUCUUUUAGAAACCUCUGACAGAUCACGCAGUAAAUGGAGCCGAGCUCAAACAGACACUCUUGUCAACUCAUGGAAAGACGAAUUUGAUGAGCUGGAAAAUAACCGUAACCCACUUGCAUGGAAAAGAAUUUUGCGAGAUAUUAAUCGUAAAGGUGGCAAGAAAAGUAUGGACCAACUAAAAAAGAAACUAAGAAAUUUAAAGGAUCGUUUCAAGGAAGCAAAAAAGAGAAGCAAAUCGAGUAGAGGGAGACGUCAUUUUCCAAAAUAUUAUGAUAUUUUUAAUGAUCUUUUGGGAGCAAGAGAAGAUGCCAGGGAAGAGGAAAGAGAACGACGAAGGUAUUCCAAUGAACAUUUGGUCCCAAAUCAAACAGAAUAUAACAUAAUUCAAGAACCUGCAGAACCUUUGCUAGAAACACAGCAAGAAGGUUCUGUUGUUAGUGCAGAAAUUCCAAAAAAUAAUGUAAAAACGUCCGAAAAAGUGGAGCAAAAAGAAAUGCUUCCAAGAAGGACUAAGAGGAAAAAAGCAUCAAAGUCAGGGGCAUCUGCCCAACUGAUAGACUUUCUUGGACAAAUGCAACGUCAGCAAGAAGAAUCGAUGAAAUUAUUUUUAGAAGGAAUAGAGAAAAUCGAGGAGAAGAGCAGGAAGCACACAGAGGAAACUUUGUUGAAAAUAGCAAAUAUUUUUACAAGACAAAAGAAGAAAAAGAAAAGGAAAGAUGACGAAGAAUCUGAUACUACUUCUGAUGAUAACGCCUAAUAUAAUUGUUAUUGAUAUGGUUUUUGAAAAUAGCUUUGGAAAAAGCAAACAUUCCACAACAUACUAAAUGGUUUUUUGUCUGACGCUCCUCAGGGUAAAACUAUCCACAACUGGGUAUAUAUUUUCAUCUUAUUUGUUCGGACCCAUAUUAUGAUGUAUUAUGCUCUAGGGUAUUUAUAUCUACAACUGGGUAUAUAUUUUCAUCUUAUUUGUUUGAAUCCUUGUUCUGAUGUAUUAUGCUCUGAGGAGUGUAAGACGAAAAAGCUUUUAGUACCGUGUGAAAUGUUUGCUUUUUCCAAUUUUGUACCGCCAAACAAUAUGGUCUUUAUAUAGUUGGCGAUUUGUGAUGUGUUUGGAAAAAAGAGAUUGAUGUGACUUACUCUCAUCAAAUACAAAUCUCUGAUAUGCAAAAAAUUGAGUUGUUAAUAGAGUCUAAAAACGA